UGAGAUUUGUUUCCAAACGCGCACCGAUGGCGGUGUGAGGCGUUUGGCUGAGAGACACGAACGGCGCGGUGGAACUGUGGAGCUUCUUUUUUUUUUGUUUUGUUUGUUUGUUUGUUUGUUCUUCUUCUUCUUCUCCUUCGUCCGCUCUCUAGCCCGAAUCCUGGUCGAACGGGGGAAAUAAACAAAGCUAUGGAUUACUCAGUCUGCCUACUUUUACUCCUGUCAACCAUUUCGUCGGUGUCCACCGGACAAUUCCCCACGGCGCAGAUGGUAAAGGAAUGGGUAGACCAAAUGCAAAAAGAGUUGAUCACAUUAACAGACACAGCCAGUGGCCUGCAGGACUUAAUACAGAUAUAUAAAAAACACAAAGCUCACUUCAGCGUGGAGUCCAACAAUGCAAGGGAACUGGUGUCAACGGCUGCUGGGAACAUAGAGAGACUGCUGGCUAACCGCUCCCAAGCACUUAAGAGGCUGGCAACAGAAGCAGAAAAGUUUCAGAUGGAGCACGAGUGGAGGGACGACAGUGAGGCUGACAAAAUUGUUUACUACAACGCCAAAGAUGACCUUAAUCAGACAGACAAGAAGAACCGAUAUGUUCCAGAUGAUUUCCACAUAGACCCCGACUUCAAACGACUUGUCUCUUACAACACCACCGCUGUCCACAUCCCUACGGAUAUAUAUGAAGGCUCUACCAUCAUUUUGAAUGAGUUAAAUUGGACAGAAGCCUUGGAGGAUGUUUUCCGGAAAAACAAAGAGGAAGAUCCCUCACUCCUCUGGCAGGUGUUUGGUUCUGCCACCGGACUGGCUCGGUACUACCCAGCGUCCCCUUGGAUCGACUUGAGUAAUUCAGCCAAUAAGAUCGACCUCUACGAUGUGCGCAGGCGACCGUGGUACAUUCAGGGGGCGGCUUCACCCAAGGACAUGCUGAUCCUGGUGGACGCGAGUGGCAGCGUUUCAGGUCUCACCCUCAAACUCAUCCGAACGUCCGUUAGCAAGAUGCUGGAGACCCUCUCUGACGAUGACUACGUGAACGUGGUCUCUUUCAAUGAAAAGGCCUCGCAUGCGGCGUGCUUCCAGAACCUGGUGCAGGCCAACGUCCGCAACAAGAGGAUUCUAAAAGACGCUGUACAGAACAUCACCGCGAAGGGUAUCACCAACUACAAAGGCGGCUUCGAGCUGGCCUUCGAGCAGCUCGCACAGAUGAAUGUGUCAAGGGCAAACUGUAACAAGAUUAUCAUGCUCUUCACUGACGGAGGAGAGGAAAGGGCGGAGGAGAUCUUUGAAAAAUACAACCCAAAGCAAGCGGUGCGCAUCUUCACAUUUUCAGUAGGCCAACAUAACUACGACAAGGGACCAAUCCAGUGGAUGGCCUGUGCUAAUAAAGGCUAUUACUAUGAGAUCCCAUCUAUAGGUGCCAUUAGGCUCAACACUCAGGAGUACCUGGAUGUUUUGGGCAGGCCCAUGGUUAAGGCCGACAGAAAGGCCAAACAGGUCCAGUGGACCAACGUCUACCUGGAUGCACUGGAGCUUGGCCUGGUGAUCACAGGAACUCUGCCUGUCUUCAACAAGACCAACACGGGCUCAAAGAAAUCGCAAAACCAGCUCAUCUUGGGGGUUAUGGCCAUUGAUGUCUCCCUGGAAGAUAUCAAGAGACUCACACCUCGGUUUACUUUUGGACCAAAUGGUUACUACUUCGCUAUUGACCCCAACGGAUAUGUGCUGCUUCACCCUAAUCUCCAGCCACUGACUGCCAAGUUUCAUGAACCUGUAACACUGGACUUCCUGGAUGCAGAGAUAGAGAAUGAGAUCAAAGUGGAGAUACGAAAAAAAAUGAUCGAUGGACUAACAGGGAAUUACACAAUAUCUACACUGGUGAAAUCCCAAGAUGAGCGCUACAUUGACCAAGGUCAGAGGACGUAUACCUUUGCACCAGUAAAGGGGACAGAUUACAGUUUGGCCUUGGUCCUUCCCGACUACAGUAUGCAUUACAUCCGGGCCACAAUCGGUGACACAAUCACCCAGGCGAAAUCAUUUUUGGGGAAAAAUGUUUCUGAAAGCCUGCUCGCAGACAAGUUUGAUGAAUAUGGCUAUACAUUUAUCGCACCGAGAGUGUAUUGUAAGGACUUAAAGCCACCGGACAAGAAUAAAAACAACACAGAGUUCCUCAUGGAGUUCAACAAUUACAUUGACACAAAGACUCCAAACAACCCCAUGUGUAAUGUGGAGCUAGUGAAUCGAUUGCUCCUGGAUGCUGGCAUCACCUCGGAUCUGAUCAAGCUUUGGAAACAAAACGAGUUGCAGCUUGGUGUCUUGGCCAGAUUUGUUGCCACUGAUGGAGGAAUCACACGGGUCUACCCCAAAAGUGCUGGGCAGUACUGGAGAGAAGAAGCAGAGACAUAUGAGUCAAGUUUCUAUAAGCGAAAUUUGGACAAUGAUCUGUACAUCUUUACUCCAACACCCUACCUCAACAAAGAGAACACAAGUGAUGACUCAGUCCUGGUGAGCAGAGCAGUAAACCUCAAUGUUGGUGGUAUCAUACUUAAACCAGCUGUGGUCGGCGUGAAGUUGGACAUCAGUGCCUGGAUGGCGAGAUUCAUCAACACCACACAGAGGAUGAAUUGCAAUGACGAGAUCUGUGGCUGUCAGAGAAAUGAUGUGUAUGUAGACUGUGUCAUUCUGGAUGAUGGGGGCUUCCUGGUGAUGUCCAAUCGAGAUGAAUAUAUUGAUCAGAUCGGAGGUUUCUUUGGUAUUAUCGAUCCCGUCCUCAUGAGAAGCCUGAACGACUCCCUGUUCACCUUUAAGCAGACCUUCGACUACCAGUCGCUCUGUGACCCCAAGAAAGAGAGCAAGGCGGCUGCAGGGCUGCGAUCUGUCUAUGUGCCCACAAUAGCAGAUAUUUUGAAUUUAGGAUGGUGGGCGACAGCUGCAGCCUGGUCAAUACUUCAACAGAUAGUGGUCAGCAUCACAUUCCCCAAUUUCCUGCACGCAGCUGAAAUGGAUGAUGAAGUGUCAGAUGCCAUGCUUAAAGAGGUCUGCAUCACCAAGCAAACUCAAUAUUACUUUAUGAACAACAACCUGUCUUUCAGAGGCACAGUCGACUGUGAAAACUGCUCCAGGCUCUACCACGCUGAAAAGCUGCCCAAGACGAACCUGGUCUUUAUCAUUGCUGAUGCAAAACUCACCUGCUCGUCCUGUGACGCCACCCUGAUGAAACAGGAGGAAGAGCAGUCUGACGGUCCUAAUCCCUGUGAACUGGCUCAAAGUCCUCGGUACAGGAAAGGGCCUGCAGUCUGUUUUGAUAACAAUGAACAUGAGGAGGACCCCGACUGUGGCGGGGCGUCCGGCCUGAGUCCCUCACUUUGGCUAAUGGUGGCCCUUCAGCUGGUGCUGCUCUGGGUUCUGACUGGCUCCAGAAACCACGCCAUCCCAUCAUGACCUCUGAACAACCUGAUCACACCCUCUAUUUCCCUCCCUCCAUAUCUCUAACAUGGCAACCAGCAUGCAAUGCUGUCACAGGAGUGAUGAAUGCCCAAUGAGAAGUCUUUGUAACAACUAAGCAAAAACCUGUGAACCCCAAUCUGCCAGUUUCUUUUUUUUUAUAUACAUACCUUCAUUUUCAGGGGUUUCUCAAACCGAUUUCACCAGGUUAAAGGGGUACAAGUGACAAAAGAAAUGUGUAUCAGAAGAAAUUGGUUUGAACAAUAAGAAAGACCUCGACCUACGGCUAUCUUUCAUCCCUCCAAUGGUCCCCACCACCUGAGAUUAGAGGAAUCCAGAGAUUAAUUUUGAUUGGCGACUUCUGAACUUUCUUUGGUUUGAUGUCACUGAUGAGUGAAAUGGGACUGCCUUAUAGUAUCAGAGGGAUUGAAAUCACAAUUGGGUGGGACUUGCUGUUUAUUGAAGAUGUUGAGCAUUUUUAUUUACCACUGCCAGAAACACUGUUGCCCUUUCCAAGCAUACAAUUUAAUUUGAAUAGAUUUGCUGUGGCUAGUUAUUAGCUAUUUAUUGUUUUGUGGUGGAGAAUUUGGCUAAGAUUGCAGUGAGAGAUGCCAAAUUUUUCCAUCACAAGCUUUUGCCCUUAAUUUACCUCAUUUAGGUUGCUGAAAAUAUAAUGUUGUCUCAGUCUGAUUUUUCAAUAGCACGACCCAUAACAUUUUCACAAGGUUUCUAAGGGCAUUGCCUUCACUUUUGACCCGGUGUUCUUUCAUGUAGAUACUGUAUUUGCAGUGUGGAAAUCAUGUUCAUUGUUAUGUUUAUGCACAGAAACCAACCCAUCAACUGCCACAGAGCACCUGCUUAGGUGUCUAGAUUUGAACUUUGUAGCUAACCAUCUAACCAUAAGCCCUGAUCAGGAGCGGUAAAUGUAUCUGGAUUUCCUACCUUGGUGGUGGAAUGCCCCAGUGAAAACUUUGUUGCCAUAGCACGUAUUAACCAAUCAGAAUGAGCCUGGCUGGUGUCCUUUGCGUGCUAAGUGGACAAAAUCUCUAGUGCCAUGUGGACUGUGUGACUCAGAUGAACCCUUUAGCUUUGUAGACUGUGGCUACUGAAUGGAGAGAAGGGUAGUAUUUAUUUAUUUAACUAUUUAUUGGUUAUUUGAAUGAAGCAUCAGGACAGCAUGCUACUGUUUGUUUUAUUGCCACCACUAAAGAAAAUGAAUGACGGGGCUAAAAGAGUUUGUACUUGACAUUUUGUUCAACAAAAAAAAAAGGAAAACAGUACGUUUGUAUUCACUGCUGUCACUUUUUAAAUUAAAUGACUACUAUCUGCACUGCAAUUCAAAGUGCAGCUGUUAUUUGUCUUAACAGUUUGAUCUUCUGGCUGAAGAACAGCCUCUGUCUCUAUGUAGUAGUGAGAUUCCUUCUUGCAGUUUAUUAUUCUGUGAUAUGAUAUCACCAAGUGGAAAUCACUAUACAGCAACAUUCAGCUAAUGCUUAUGAUUAUCGCUAUUGCUCUAUUUCAUUUUCAGAAGAGAAAAUUUGCAGUUGAUUUUCUCUAGGUGAUUUUAGUUAAACAGCGUCAUCUUGUUUGCCAGAGGGCAGGACAGUGAAGUAGUCUGACUUUUUUUUUUUUUUUUUUUUUCAAUGCACUAGUCAGCCGAACAACAGCUGGAGAGCAAAUUAAAAUCUGCCAAAAAUAAUAAAUCAUAACAUAUUACACAGGACCAAAACUGGACUCUUAAAGCAGUUCGACAUUAGUGCAUUACUAAAUAUGUCAGCAAAGAUUAAACAAGUGAAAUAAAACACAUAUUUCAUUUCAGAAUGAAAAUAAUAAAAUAUAUUUAAAUUAAUAAGAAAUAAAAAAUGAAAAAUCCAUCCUGAAGAUGCAACAUGUGAAAAAUAAAAUGCUGUAUUUUUCUGGUUAAUUUAUGUAGUCACAGAGGAUUGAGGAUUAGAAGAAGAUAAUACGAUAAUACAGGAAAAAAUAUUUCAGCUAGAACACUUUGCUGUGAUUAUUUACAAAAAAGCUUUAAAUCCUUGAUAUAAAUAUGUAAUUUAUACUUAAACCAGCUGCACCUGACGUUUUAUUUGGCACUGCUGUCAAUGAGUAAUCAUACGGUUUGACCGUUAUUCAGGUGUCUAUUGGUUCAAGUUAAGAAUUGAAUAUUGCAGAUUUAAAUGAUUCAUAUGUAGGUUAUGUGUGAUGCCCCAUUAGUUCACUGAGAAGGCAGAGUCCUGCCAGAACUUUAAUCUUUACAUUACAACUGUUUAGUGAUAUCAGAUACUUUAAGGAUACACUCAGUGGUUUUAUUGCCUAAUCGGACCCCGGAAUCACCAAAUACUCAUACAACUCACUGUUAAACAUCUGAAAAUUUGAAUUCAAAACAUCAACAGAAGUAGUAAUUUGGUGGUUUGGGGGACAGUGUAUACAGAACACAGCUAAAACUAACCACGGAUUGCAACGUUUAUAAAUGUAUAUUCAAAUAAACACUGACACAUGCUUGCAGGAAACUACGUAAUUCUGUGGGAAAGUGAAAACCAUAUAAUUAAGAUGGGUGCUCCACAUGACCGCUGACAUUGUUUCUCACAAACUUCAAAUUCUUUUAGCUCAAUAAUUGCUAUUACAUCAAUCUAAAUGUCAUUUUUUAAAAUUAUAUGCAUUCCUCCAAGUCAGAUCAAGGAAUGCUAGUUCAGUCUCGUUUUGUGGCAAAGCUCCACCACCAUCAUUGUCAGUAACUUUCCAAGUGGUCUUUUCAUCCAUCUUUAGCUAUAACCUUCCAACUAAAACAAUAUGGUGAAACUAACAAUGGUAUUUAUGCUCCUUUUACAUUUAUUAACACUCAAGAAUAUCAAGUGCCAUAUAGGACUCUUAUUCUCUUGUGGAGAAACCUAUUAUCCUAACAUAACAUUUAUUAUGCAACGUUACCAAGGCAAGAUGUAAGUCUCAUAAAUUGUUACCCUGUGCUGCAUGGUAGUGGCUGACAAUUUGUUUAAAAAAAGAAAACAUAUCCAGUGUGCUCCUGCUUUAGUGUGUAAUGUUGGGAAGCAUAAUAUCCUGGGUGUCAGGCAUUUAUUCAUUAUAUAAUAAGGUAUGAUCAGCUAUUACUGCCUUUCUCUUGGGGAGACAGCAUUUGGCUCCACUCUGGUCUGAUUUGACUGCGGAAAGGGAACCUGAUUGGCCCGUGUGAGGUUGAAAUGCACUAUUCUCAAUCUGUAUGAUUGGUUUGAGCCAUGUGUGAUUCACUAUGAUUUAAGGACCAUUCCAGUAAUUUAGCAAGUUUUGUCCCAUGAACUACAAAUCAUGAAUACUUUACUGCCAAUUAUAUUCCAAACCAUGUUGAAGUACAGCCUCUUAGAGCUGCUAGUGUGGCUGUAGACUCUUAAUCUUGUUGCUACCUUGAAGGCAGUUUCCAUUCAUAUGUGUACAGUAUGGUAAUCAAAUAGCAGACUCCUCAAACUUCUUUGAUGGUAAUCCAUCACAGUGAAUCUGAAAUCUGAAUUAAUUUUGUCAUCAUUGAUGUUUGUCAAGUUAUGUUAUCAUUAAGAGGCAAUGCAGAAAAAUGAAAUCAAUCUGCAUUUAAACUUAAUUAACACAAGAAAUGUGGAUUAAUGCAGAUCAGAUGUUCAUUAUGGUUCAUCACACAACUCAAGCAAAUUUGAAGAGUCUUCCAAUUUAAUAUUAUACUGUAUGCAAACGAUCGGAAGCCGCCAACUGCCUGAAAUGGACAAAAAAAGAAAAAGAACAUCCAAAUAUUAAAAAAAUAGGAAAAUGGUUAGUAUUAGUAGUAGACUAUAAAUUAUACAUAAACUGUAUAACUGUUAUUAAUGCAAAAGCUAAAACUAGCAAAAACUCUGGCUUGGUCAUUUUGGGCAGAGAAUGAUAUGAAAUGAGUGAAAAUACACACCACCUAAAACGCUCCAACUGGAUCCUUUAGAAAUGCACAGAAAACAUUGGAGAAUGAACAUGAGCUUCAUAGUUUUCCAGAUGUUCCAUACUACUCUUAAGUGCUAAAAUCAGAUGCUGUCACCUCAGGAAUAAUAUACUCUCAAUGUGAUAUGAAGUGUUUUUGAUUCUGUUGGUGCUCUCUUUAUGGAUCGUGUGGGUUGGCCUUUUUAUUUCAAGAAUCUUGAGGAUUGCUUAAUGUGUGUUUUUUGUGUCUGUUACCUUGCUGCCACUCAUUGGCAGACGAUUGGCGGACCUGUCAGUCAGUCUUUCCCUGCCUUUGGUUUUAAGGCAGGCUCAUGAUAGAGCUGUCCACCAAGUCAUCCCUCAGCUUUGAGAUUGUCUUGGUGGGCCUUACUGUCAGUCUCCCUCGAUUGUGCUUUAAUGUUACACUUUUGUGGAACUUGAUUCUCCAGAAUCAGUCAUGUAAAAAUUUGUACAAAACCAAUGUUGUUCUCUACAAAAAGAAAAAGAACAAUGUUUAUAAUCCUGGGGAGGAAAAUGUGUUUAUUCAUGUGCAAAUAAGGUAUAUUCAGAA